ACAAAAUCAUGGUGCUAGAGUCUCCAAAUGAAUUAACCAAAUCUCAAUCCAAUUCCAAGAACUGAGUAUGUCUUUCAGCGCCCUCCUCCUCCUUCUCCUCUUCUCGCCGACGAUCGGCGCCGUCACCGGCGCACCAACGGCGUACGAGAUGCUGGAGAGAUUUCACUUUCCGGAGGGCCUUCUUCCGAAAGGAGUGAUCGGCUACGAACUGGACCCGUCCAGCGGUAAAUUCCGCGCCGAUCUGAACGGUUCGUGCAGUUUCUCCCUCGAAGGUUCUUACCAGUUGAAUUACCAGAAAACCAUCACGGGCUACAUAUCCGACGGCAGGCUAACAGAACUGCACGGGAUAAGUGUGAAGGUCCUCUUCUUCUGGCUCAACAUUCUCAACGUCGUUCGCGUCGGCGACGACAUCGAUUUCUCCGUCGGCGUCGCUUCCGCUUCAUUUUCCCUUGAUAACUUCUUCGUCUCCCCGCAGUGCGGUUGCGGCUUGGAUUGCGGUGAUCUUCGACUAAGGAAACUGAAAUUGGGAAAAGAAAACCCCUCCCUUUCCUCUGUAUAGAAAUUCAAUUCAAUUUGCCUUGAAUUAUGAUCAUUUGUGGACGCUGGUAUUGUAGUAUUACGUGACAUUAGCCAUGAGUAAUCAAGAUACUCUACAGGAUGACAUUUCUAAUGUUUGUGCAUGAGAGGGUGGUCGUGGAAUGCUUGAGCCGAUUGUAGAGGUAUUUAACUUCUGUAGCUUCUUUUUCGUUUUCUGUCCAUUUGGUUCAAAUUGUUGCAGAGGAUGAUAUAGGGACACUUGUUUCUGUGAUGAUCAAUAAUGCUGAUAUUCUGUCUUGGCUUUUUGUUAUCACAAAGGCCACUAGGGUUUUCUGUCUAGUCAUGGAUGUUGGAAUGGUGAUGGUAUUAUUGCUGAUUAUUCCUGAAUGUGGGAGUAACACUUUGAGACCAUGGGGUGUGUCCUCAUUGGAUUUUUGUCUC